AUGACCGCCGACGCCGCCGCUCCAUUUCCCCACUUUUACAAAGGGAACAUUAAGAACUGGUUCCUGCAAAUGGAGGCUAUUUUUAUUGUCAGAAAAAUUACGGACCAAAAAACAAAGUUUGGCAAUGUGGUGGCGGUUUUGCCACCCGCCAUUGUGGAUGAAGUAUCUGAUUUUCUAGAAGCCGUCCCGGAGUUGGAACCGUAUGCCCGAUUAAAGGAGGCUAUCCUAAGAAGAAUGGGCCGUACGGAGGAAACAUUAAUCCGUGAGUUAUUUAGUAACUUGACCUGCGAUGGCAGGACACCCUCACAACUCCUUCAUUUUAUAAAAAGUCAACUCGGUAAAAACACCAUCGCUGACUCAAUUUUAAAAAGCCUGUGGUUGGAUCGCCUCCCCACCAGCAUUACCCAAAUACACAGUGCUGAAGCAGCUAAAGACCACAGGUCCUUGAAAAAAGCUGAGGAAGACUUACAGCGGCAAGUUAGAGACUUGACAUUAGCUCUAAAAAGCUGUGGUCGGGCCGGGUUUCCUUCCAUGCGUUUCAGGAGUCGACCCACGUCAGGCAGUCGAAACAAGGAUGUCCCUUCUUCUACUAUGUGUUAUUAUCACCGCAGAUUUGGUUCUGCAGCACAUUACUGCACCAAGCCGUGCACCUAUACUGUGGUCGUGGAAAACAAGACCGCCAGCGAGUGA